AUGGGGUUGGACUUCCCCAAGUCUCGCGGCGACUGGAAAUUUGAUCUCGUUGGGCUUCUUGCUAUUAUUGGGGAGUCGAUUAUUGAUGAGAUCGUUCAACCUCUGACUGCUUCACGUACGAUUUUACUCCCACGGCUGCUACCAGCGCCCCAUGCGUUAAUUCGACCUUCUCGCCGAGCAGUCCUUCCGUCUACCGAUGUUACUGUGGUUGGAAUCUACUCGGGGAUCCACUUACAGAGUGUUCCCUAUUUUCCUAGCAUGCUCCACCAGUUUGACCUGAUUCGACCUUACGAAUUCCAGGAAAUAACGAUCGAGUUCAUUGCCGACGAAGAAGAAGGCCCCCUUAGAAAACACAAUCAAUUGGCAACAGUACGAACCUUCGCGCCUUUGAAGUUGAUCACGAUAGGCAGUUCUCUUUGGACGGCUGGCAUUCUGAUCUGGGCGAUUAUCCUUCAUGAUGGGCCCGCAGUCGUUGCAAUUGUUUUGGUGUCUCUUGCCAGCAGUUUCCACAGUGCGGCAUCAUUUUGGCGGUCCUAUGUGGCAAGAAGGCACACCCCCUUCAGGGAAGGGGUUCCCGGAGAUCUCGCUCUUCGAACUCGUGAAGGGGCUCUUAUCUUGGUCCAUUGCGACGAAGAAGUGGCGAGGUUACUAUAUUCAGGCGAAGCAAGAUGCACCUAUGUGGCAGGGGCGACAACAUAUCGGAUUCUAAUCUAUGCGGGCACGCUAUUUUUAAUGAUGGGCAUUGUCUUGAUGUCCAACUGCUCCUGGUCCAUGCAGGUCACUUUGGGUGCUUCGUACUUGGCAUUGAACGUGGCAUAUAUGUUCUGCGCUUUAACUCCUGAAGUCAGUCGCGGGUGGCAUUGGGAUCUGCGGUGGGUCAAGGUAGUAAGGAGUUCUACCGUUGAGGCUGCUAACUACACCGAUGCCAUUUGGCAUGCCAUUCGGACCACCAAAUCAGUCGAUUGGAUUAAAAAAGCCAACUUUGUUCCCGCGACGCCAAAUUGGGAUGGGUGGCUUAAUCAAGCAAAGGAGAAUUGUAAUAAUCCGAACUGGGAUGCCAUCAUCGAAACCGAUUAUAAGGGUGUCCUGCAGUCAGACACUGACUACACGCAGCGCAGCUUUGUUAAGACAAUUUAA